AUGUAAAACUAAGAAGUGAGCGAAUUAGUUAAAUCUUAAGUCAUUCAUUUGCUUAAUGAUUAAACAAAAUCCUAAAUCCUCUAAUCUAAAGAUAGAGAUGAUACUGAAAUUAAUAAUGUUGAGUUUGAGAUUGAUGAUGUUAAUGAAUAAUAAUGCUAUGAUGCUUAAAAUACAAAAUCUGAAUCAAAAAUUGACUAAUAAAUAAAUAAAAUUUAAGAUCUUAAGUAAAAAAAAGAAGAGCUUGAGUAGAAGUUGAGAAAUUAAAAUCAAUAAGUAAAUUAACUUGAAGAAAAAUUAAAAAAAUAACAAGAAAGUAAUAAUGUGUUCGCUAGACAACUUUAGUCUGCUUAAGAGAAUAUGCAAGAUUAAUAAUGGAUUUAAAAAUAGUCAGAAUAUUAAUAAAUUUUACAUAAAUAUGAGGAAGUCUUAACUUAAGAAAAUGAUAAAGAACUUAAAGAUAUUUAUAAAGAAUAUUAUAAUAAAUCAAAUAAAGCAAGAAAUUAGCAAUAAAGAAUAUAAAAUAGUAUAGAAUUGGAAAAAUAAUUAAAUUUAGAAUUUGAUUAAGUUAAUAAAGAAAUCGAUGAAAUUAAAAAUAUAUUGGAUAAAGAAAUUAAUGAAGAUAAUAUAAAUGACUUAUAAUAAUUAUUGAUAUCAAAUAAUGAGUCAAUUAUUGAAACAAUGGAGUAAUAAUUAGAAAAUAAAAAAUAAAAUAUCGAAGUAAUUUAAGAAGACAUUAUAAAUCUCUCAAAAUAAUUAAAUGAAGCAGAAGAUAAAUUUAGAAAUAUAUUUAUAAUUUAUAAUGAAUAAAGAAAAUUAAUAAAGGAGUUGAUGGUUAAUAAUAAUUAAGUUUAAAAACCAAUAUAAAUUGGUAAAUAAAAAGUGAAUUCAAAAAGAUCAUCUAUAAAAAUGAAGAAUUGUUAAAUAUCUAGUGUUAUUUAAAACUUAUGUUCAGGAUUUAUAAUUUUAUUUGGAGGUUUCUUGAUGUUCAUAUUAUUAUAAGAUAUUUACAUAUCUAAUCAGUAACAAUAAUAUUAUUUUAAUUGA